AAGGAAGCCGCGGCCGCUCAGCUCCAGGAAACUGAGAGAGAGCAGCUGCCCGGCAGCCAGCCCUGGCUAUGGAGCUUGUGGGCCCCAUGGCGGAGAAGACUGCAGAGGGGAAAGGACUACAGGGGGGCACCGCCCCCCGGGACAACUCGCAGGGCCUCCAGGACAGUUUGUUCUCCUCUGAAACUGACAGCAGCCUGUACUUCACCUACAGUGGCCACUCCAACACCCUGGAGGUCAGAGACCUCAGCUACCAGGUGGACAUGUCCUCCCAGGUGCCUUGGUUUGAGCAGCUGGCUCAGUUCAAGAUUCCCUGGAUAUCUCACAACAGCCAAGACUCUCGCGAGCUGGGCAUCCAGAACUUGAACUUCAGAGUGAAAAGUGGGCAGAUGCUGGCCAUCAUUGGGAGCUCAGGCUGCGGGAGAGCCUCAUUGCUGGAUGUCAUCACCAGCCGCGACCAUGGAGGCAAGAUCAAGUCGGGGCAAAUCUGGAUCAACGGGCAGCCGAGCACGCCUCAGCUGGUGAGGAAGUGCGUGGCCCACGUGCGCCCACACGACCAGCUGCUCCCCAACCUGACCGUGCGAGAGACCCUGACCUUCGUUGCCCAAAUGCGUCUGCCCAGAACCUUCUCCCAGGCCCAGCGGAACAAAAGGGUGGAGGACGUGAUCGCCGAGCUGCGGCUGCGGCAGUGUGCCGACACACGCGUGGGCAAUAUGUACGUGCGCGGGGUGUCAGGAGGCGAGCGCAGGAGGGUGAGCAUUGGGGUGCAGCUCCUGUGGAACCCAGGCAUCCUCAUUCUGGACGAGCCCACCUCCGGGCUGGACAGCUUCACGGCGCACAACCUGGUGAAGACCUUGUCCCGGCUGGCCAAGGGCAACCGGCUGGUGCUCAUCUCCCUACACCAGCCCCGGUCGGACAUCUUCAGGCUGUUUGACCUGGUGCUGCUCAUGUCAUCGGGCACCACCAUCUACCUGGGGGCGGCCCAGCACAUGGUCCAGUACUUCACGUCCAUCGGCCACCCCUGUCCCCGCUACAGAAACCCUGCGGACUUCUAUGUGGACCUGACCAGCAUCGACAGACGCAGCAAAGAGCAGGAGAUGGCCACCAGGGAGAAGGUCCGGUCACUUGCGGCCGUGUUUCUGGAGAAAGUGCGGGACUGUGAUGACUUUCUGUGGAAAGCAGAGGCCAGGGACCUGGAUGUGGGCACCUGUGUGGAGAGCCCGACCCUCACACAGGACGGCGACACCCUCCAGAGCCCCAGCAAGCUGCCCGGGGCACUGCAGCAGUUCACCACGCUGAUCCGCCGUCAGAUUUCCAAUGACUUCCGAGACCUGCCCACCCUCCUCAUCCACGGGGCAGAGGCCUGCCUGAUGUCCCUCGUCAUCGGGUUCCUCUACUACGGCCACGGAGACAUCCAGCUCCCCUUGAUGGACACCACAGCCCUCUUGUUCAUGAUCGGAGCUCUCAUUCCUUUCAACGUGAUUCUGGAUGUCACCUCCAAAUGCCACUCGGAGAGAGCCAUGCUCUACUACGAACUGGAAGAUGGGCUGUACACGGCGGCUCCCUAUUUCUUUGCCAAGGUCCUCGGGGAGCUGCCGGAGCACUGCGCCUACAUUGUCAUCUACGGGAUGCCCACCUACUGGCUGGCCAACCUGCGGCCGGGCCCGCUGCCCUUCCUGCUGCACUUCCUGCUGGUGUGGCUGGUGGUUUUCUGCUGCAGGGCCAUGGCCAUGGCUGCCGCCGCCCUGCUGCCCACCUUCCACAUGUCCUCCUUCUUCUGUAACGCCCUCUACAACUCCUUCUACCUCACUGGCGGCUUCAUGAUAAGCCUGGACAACCUGUGGGCAGUGCCGGCGUGGAUUUCCAAGGUGUCUUUCCUGCGGUGGUGUUUCGAGGGGCUGAUGCAGAUCCAGUUUAACAGGCGCCAGUACAACACGCAGGUCGGCAACCUGACCUUGUCCAUCCCAGGAGAUGUAAUCGUCAGUUCCAUGGACCUGAACUCGCACCCGUUGUACGCCAUCUACCUCAUCCUCAUCGGCAUCAGCGGUGGCUUUCUGCUCCUCUACUAUGUGUCCUUACGGUUCAUCAAGCAGAAAUCGAGGCUGGACUGGUGAUUCGCGGCAGGAUCCCUGGCUGGCGGCAGACCCCGCCACCGCACUCCCUUCCCCGCAAAGCGCCCCUUCCCGGGGAGCCGAUGGCCCGGGAUGCUCUUCUCCAUCCGGCCCCGGGGCUGCAGUGGUACAGGUCGGCCACAGGAUGGCAGUAGAAUAAAGACAGUUGAGAGGGCUAUCUGCUCAUGGCCGGAGCCUGUGAUUUCUGGGAGCGAGAAAACCUGUACUCGGUGGCACGUACACUAUCGCUAAUUCAUUUCCUUUUGACGAUGUCUUUAUAUAGACAGCUCAAUAUAGGACGGGAGAAAAUUAGGUCUGAAUUGAGCUGGUAGGCUCUGUAGAAGUUUGUUGGACUCCAGACGGAACAAUAAUAAAAUAGCUAGCAACAUGUCUGCCUUCCAGGGUCCCCAGACUCUGUGCUGAGCCACUCUCCAUACACAAAGCGACAUAAAACACACCAGAAAGCUGCCAAGCCUUCUCUUUGUGUGGGACCUUGGGCUCCAGAAGUCAAAGUAACCAAUGAAAAAAUCUACCACGCAUCUACGCCAUGGUGGGUGCAGUGCUGAACGUGGAACAUGGAUGCCACAAUUGCUAUCAAAAUAGCCCUAUGAAGCAAACAGUGUUCCAUUUUAUAGGUGAUGAAACCGAGGUACAAACUCGUUUGCUAAUAGAUAAGUUUUUAAAAAGGUUAGGGGCUGGUGUCAUGGAACAAUGGGCUAAGCCACUGCCUGCGAUGCUGGCAUCCAAAUGAGCACCGGUUUCAGUCCCAGCUGCUCCACUUCCAAUCCAGCUUCCUGCUGAUGUGCCUGGGAAAGCAACAGAAAAUGGCCCAGAUGCUUGGGCCCCUGACACCCAUGUGGGAGACCCAGAUGGGAGCUCCAAUCUCCUGACUUCGGCCUGGCUCAGCCCUGGCCAUUGUGGUUGUUUGGGGAAUGGACCAGCAGAUGAAAGAGUUCUCUGUCUCUCUCUCCAUCUCUGUAACUCUGCCUUUCAAAUAAAUAAAUCUUUAAA